GGAUCCACAUUCCACUGUGUUCCAUUCAGACCAUUCUGACCAAUUCUGACAGAGCGCACUCCAGCUUUAGCGAGAAGCCUUUGUCCCGUAAACUCCUAUUGAAUUAAAGUCCCUUUAUUAAUAAUGAAAUUACUUUUAUUAGUGGGUUUCGUGCUAUCGGUCUUUAGUUCGAGUACUAAUGCUGACGAUAAAAAGGGCCCGAAAGUGACAGACAAGGUAUGGUUUGAUAUCAGCAUUGAUGGCAAACCAGAGGGAAGAAUUGAAAUUGGACUUUUUGGAAAGACUGUUCCGAAGACAGUUCAGAACUUUGUAGAAUUAGCUAAAAAACCUCAGGGAGAAGGAUAUAAGGGUAGCAAAUUCCAUAGAGUUAUUCGUGAGUUUAUGAUUCAAGGAGGAGAUUUUACAAAAGGAGAUGGAACUGGAGGACAUAGUAUUUAUGGAGCUCGUUUUGAAGAUGAAAACUUCAAAUUGAAGCACUAUGGAGGAGGAUGGUUAUCUAUGGCAAAUGCUGGAAAAGACACUAAUGGUUCUCAGUUCUUUAUUACUGCCAAACAAACUCCAUGGCUUGAUGGUAGACAUGUUGUUUUUGGCAAAAUUAUCAAGGGAAUGGAUGUUGUACGAAAAAUUGAAAAAGUAAGUACCGAUACUCGUGAUAGACCAACAAAGGAUGUUGUAAUUGCUGAUUGUGGAGCAGAAGUUGUAGCAGAACCAUUCAGUGUAUCUAAGGAAGAUGCUACUGACUAAGCAUUACAUUUUUAUUCUUUAAAGUUGAUACUAACUGUGUUUGAUAGCUACAUAUUAAAAGUACAACUUUUCUUACUUGAAUACAUUAAUUUCAUAAUUCUAUAUGCCUCUACAUUUGAUUUAGUAGGAAAAAUGUACUAUUAAAAUCUUUACUCUAAACAUUGGUAGAAACAUCAUACACGUCAAUAUAAUUGUUUAAUAUACUGUUGACAGUAUUCAUAUAUCAUAAUUCCUCAAAAUAUGUUUGAAAUAAAUAGAACAAUUAUUUAUAAUUAUUUAUGAAGAUUCGGUACAAAAUCUUUAUUUUUAAUAUCUACUUCGAGACAUUCAAAACGAUCCAUAUACCUAAAACAGAACAUACAGAGUUAAGAAAACACAAAAUUGUAUGAAAGAGAAGUUACCAUACAUUGUUAUUGUAUUCUAACUUGAAUAAAAACGUACAUUAUGUCAGAAUGCGCAAUAAAUUUUAUAUAUGUAUAAUCGCAUUUUUUAACGUAAUAAAUAAAUAUAAUUUGUUUAAAAUAA